UUUUUGAAUUUUUACAUGGCAACCCUUUACGUCGUUGUCAAAUGUCACUUCUAUUUUAAUUUUGCACAUAAUUGUAACCUAGCUUUCUGUUUCCACGCCUUUUAUAAAAGUUGAUCCUUGUAUUUUGAAUUUUCUUUAUUACACUAGUUGAACCAGUUAAUUUUUUAUAUUUUACCCCAACAUUUUGGUCCUUCAGACAACCGAAUAGUUUUAAUACUAGAAUACAAUAUUUCAAGGAUCGAGAGUCGAAGGAAUCGCCAAAAGGGAUAUCGUUUUGUCAAGCAAGUUGCCGCCAUCGAUGUAUAGUUGCCACGCAAGCUGUGACUGUUCUUCAGUGCGGACUGUUCUAUAGUUUCAGCUAAGAAUCUAGUGAUUGUGAUAUAGUGUAUAGGCUUAUCGUUCGCUUCCCGGGAUGGCCGAGGAAAAGGAGCUAAUUAAGAGACGGGCCAGUUAUAAAGGACGGUUAACAGCCUUCUCUAAUUAUCUAAAUAGUUUGAACGACUCAUUAAGUCAAAGUCAGCUGAAUGAGCUGCAGUUACGAGUAGGUAAGAUUGAAGCCCUAUAUCAAUUCUAUGAUGAAAUUCAAACCAAGUUGGAAUGUUUGGUGGACGACAUGUCAGUGCAGUUAGCAGAAAGAAAUGAAUUUGAAACUUUAUAUUUCUCUUUAGUUUCAAAGUCACAACAAAAAUUAGCCAAACAGUCAAAGGAUAGUGACAAUUUUAGUAAUCAUUCUUCGUCAGCCACCAACAAUCACAACUUAGUUAAGUUGCCUACUAUUCAACUGCCAAAGUUUAGUGGUUCAUAUGAGAACUGGUUAGAGUUUCAUGACACCUUUACAAGCCUCAUUCAUUGCAAUGAUAAUAUAGAUAAUAUAAACAAAUUUCACUACUUAAGAGCUUGUUUAGAAGGGACUGCAGCCGUCGUCAUAAAGUCUAUUGACUUCUCCGCUGAUAAUUACUCUGUAGCCUGGAGCCUACUUUGUCAACGAUUUGACAACAAGAGGUUAUUAAUUCAAAAUCAUGUUACAGCACUGUUUAAUAUUGAUUCUAUUAGUAAAGAGUCGUCUCAAUCGUUAAAGCGUCUUGUUGAUCAGGUAAAUAAAAACCUGCGGGCCUUAGAGUCAUUAGGUCAAUCUGUAGAUAAUUGGGAUGUAUUAUUAAUACACAUAUUAACUCACAAGCUAGAUACUAAAACUUUUAGAGAAUGGGAAGAACAUAAAAGUCGGUUGGAUAAAGAAAUGCCUAUUACGUUGAGUUCAUUCACCGAAUUUAUUAAAAUACGGGCAGAUUUACUUGAAACUUUAGAAUUGUCUCGCAAUCAUCAUUCAUUAAUGAAACAUAAUACUAACAAUCAGCAGAAAGUCAAAAGCAUGGUGUGCAACACUUCGCCAUCAAGGUCCAGCAUAGGCACCACUUCGAGUGACUCGUCUCCAUCCAGUUCGCCAUCCAAGAAGUGCCCUAAGUGUUUUGGUGAUCAUUUCUUGAGCAACUGUUCCCAAUUUUUGGAUCUCAGCGUUGAGCAAAGACGCUUCUCAACUCGCCUAUGGUAGUUGCGUGUACGUGCGGAGUGCAAACGAUCGCGGUGAAGUUCUCGUUAGUUUG